AUGAAGGUGGCAAUUAUCUUUCUUCUCAGUGCCUUGGCUCUGCUAAAUUUAGCAGGUAAUACUACAGCUAAGGAGGGUAUAAGAAAGCCUAAUUGUGAUGGUGUAACUACUCAUUGUCCCAGGAGAUAUGAACCUGUGUGUGGGACUGAUAGAAUUACUUAUUCCAUUGAAUGCGCUGUGUGCCUUAAAAACAGGAGACGCCUAAAUAAAAUCCACAUUAAACAUACUGGGGUUUGCGAAGAUGAAGAAGAUUGA